ACACACACCCUCAUUCUCUGAGGACACACACACACAUACACACACCCUCUCUCAUAUACAGUAUACACUCACAGCUGUUGAUACUCCUCUCACAGUCGACCACUGUGGCAGUGGAGGAGAAGAGCCUGCAGGAGUCUGAGAAAAUCUCCUGCCUGGAAUAUCUGGACAGACGAGUGGACCGACUGUCGUCGCUGCCUGGCUUCCACGUUGUCUCUCUCACGUCUUGCUCUUUAACCCUUUUCCGUCUCCCGGCGUCUCUCUGGAACUCGGUGUUGGAGUUUUUGAGCAGAGAUAGCGAGCAGAGCAAGAGCAGAGUAAAAUAGAGACAUGUGUGUUGCCUCAGCAGCCUGCCUGCUCUCUCCCAUUCACUGACUGAGAACGAAAUACAAGGUGAGAGUCAAGCAGCGGCCAUAGAGUGUACAAGUGAGGUGCGGCCAACAUGAGCUCGGACAACCAUGAGGUGGUGGUGACCACGCCUCCUCCGUCUGGCGGAGGAACCAAGGAGCGCUACUUUGAUCGGGUCAACGUCAAUGAUCCCGAGUACAUCAGGGCCAGGAACAUGUCACCUGACCUCCGGCAGGACUUCAACGUUCUGGAGCAGAAGAAACGCGUCACACAGAUACUACAGAGCCCUGCCUUCAAGGAGGAGUUGGAGAGUCUGAUCCAGGAACAGCAGCGUAAGGGGAACAACCCCACUGGCCUUCUUGCCCUCAGACAGAUCGCUGACUUCUUCAUGGCAAGCUCAGUGGCCGGUUUCAACACCUCCCCUCUCAGUCUGGGGAUGGUCACUCCCAUCAACGACAUGUAUGGGGUGGAAUCCACCACGUUGGUGAAAGGCGAGAAGCUGACGCGCUGUAAGCUGGCCAGCCUCUACAGACUGGUGGACCUGUUCAGCUGGGCACACUUUACCAGCGCUUACAUCACAGCUCGAGUCAGUAAAGAGCAAGACCACAUUCUUAUCAUCCCCAGAGGAUUGUCGUUCGCUGAGGCAUCUGCAUCAAACCUGGUGAAGGUCAACAUCAUCGGGGAUGUGAUCGAACAGGGCACCACCAACCUGAGGAUGGACCCUGUGGGCUUCAGCCCUCAUGCUGCCAUCUACUCCAUGCGUCCAGACAUACGCUGCAUCAUCCAUGUGCACACCCCUGCCAUGGCUGCUGUGUCGUCAAUGAAGUGCGGCAUCCUGCCCAUUUCCCAGGAGUCGUUGAUCCUGGGUGACAUCGCUUACUACAACUACCAGGGCAGCCUGGAUGACCAGGAGGAGCGCAGAGACCUGCAGAAGGCCCUGGGGCCAACGGCAAAGGUUUUGGUGCUGCGGAAUCACGGCGUGGUUGCGCUCGGAGAAACCAUCGAAGAGGCCUUUCAUUACAUCUACAAUGUCCAGUAUGCCUGUGAAAUCCAGGUGAAUGCCAUCUCAUGUGCCGGCAGCGUGGACAACCUGAUCGUGCUGGAACGGGACAAGUACAAAACAAUAGUGGUCAGUGCGGCUGAAGCGGGUGUCAACAUGGGGAACCAGGUCAAGUGGAAGCUAGGAGAGCUGGAGUUUGAGUCUCUGAUGAGGAUGCUGGAUAACCUGGGUUACCGCACAGGUUACACCUACAGGCACCCCAUCGUCCGGGACAAGCCCAGGCACAAAAGCGAGGUGGAGAUCCCUGCCACCGUCACGGCGUUUAUGUUCGAGGAGGACGGGGACUGCGGUGCCACACGUCUGCCCUUCAAGUUCUUGCAGCAACGACAGCAGAGGGAGAAGACGCGCUGGCUCAACUCGCCCAACAGCUACACCAAGGUCAACGUGGAGGGCGGAGAGGAGCGCUACAACAGCCGGACAACCACAUGGAUGAAGGCGGAGGAGACAGGAACCCCGAUCAGGAUCGAGGACCCCAAUCAGUUUGUCCCUCUCAACACAAAUCCCACUGAGGUGCUGGAGAAGAGGAACAAAAUCAGAGAACAGAACCGGUGUGAUGUGAUGACAUCUGGUCCACGCUCUCAGCACCUUGCAGGAAUCCCUGUCGACCAACCACGACGGAAGGAUGUGGUGCAGAUAAAGGUUCUGCCAUACGUGCCCACAGAGGAGGAACAGAUGGCUCCCCUGCCACCCAACCCCUUCAGUGAGCUGGCGGAGAAGGACCUCAAUGAGUACCGCAAGAACGUCGAGGGAAAGCAACCGGGCCUCAGUGAGAACCACAUGAUGAACGGCAAAGACACGCACGCCGACGCGGACGAGGAGCUGUCCAAGCGCGUCAGUCAGCUGACCACCAGCGUGGAGAGCGUGGAAAUAACGGUGCGCUCCGGGGACAAAAUCGAGGAGGCGCUGUCUCCGGAGAGCUCGCCCUCCAAGUCCCCCAACGGCAAGAAGAAGAAGAAGUUCCGCACCCCGUCCUUCCUGAAGAAGAACAAAAAGAAAGAGAAGACCGAGGCCUGAGAUAACAUGUGCAGCGCGGGGAGGAAGACCCACUGCAUGGAAGGAGAAAGAGGGGCAGCGUCCCCAUGUUCUGUGUCAAUGUCUGUGUUUUUAUUUUUGUCUCUGUUUUCAGCUGUUUUUAAUUUUAUUAGAAAUUUUUUUUUGGUGCAAAAAGGUGAUGGAAAGGAUAACAGAAAAAAAAAAGGAAUUGGUUUGUAACCGUAAAAUAAUUGGUGGAUCCACACGGUGACAUGGGGGGCAGGUGUUGUGCAUCUACACACCUGAGAAGAAGAAGAAGAAGAAGAAGAAGAAGAAGACAACCUGCCGUUAGGCCACAUUUGAGUCUGUUCACAUCCCGGAGAACUUGCGUCUCCUAAGUUGUUUCCCUGAACUUGAAACCACGUAGCAUUUCUUUUAUUUCUUUUCAUUUUUAUUUUUAUUUGUAAGCUUCAAAAUCCAAGUUUUAUGUAACGAUUGGAUUUACAACGUGAAUGUUGUAAAACUGCACAAGUCGAAACAAAAACUCAAAUUUGCCCCCGUCUCACCCGACGCAGCUGCACCGGGAACUGAGAGGCCUCAUGAAGUUUGAAGUCACACUGGAGAAGUGUUUGUGUCGGGUUCAUUUACUGUGGGAGACGUCGUUCUUUCGCUCAGCUCUCGCUUUACUGUCUCUCUCUCUCUUCCGGCUUCUUCCGGCGCGGUUUGGAAACUGAGUUAACUUGUUGUUAAACUGGACGAGAUAGCGAGGAGAUGAACGCCGACGCUGACGUCAUCUCAAAAAAAAAAAGAGCUGCCGACCCAUUCACUCUAUUUUUUUAUGUAGCAUUUUCAUAUCUUGUCGUCAUCUCAAUGAAAGAAAGAAAAAAGCGUUGCUCUUUGUCAUCUCAUGAAAUUGGAUCUUUUGUUUUGUACUGAACGCAGUAGUUUUGUACUCAUUUCUAACAAAGCUUUGACAGAGAAUUCAGAUUCAGUUCUGCAUGUUUUCUCUGGAGUUAUAUCCUUAUAACAUGUGAUUUUCAAUGAACUCUAUAUUUCAUAUUUUAUUGUUGCUGCACUUUUCUUGUCGUGUAUUAACUCAUUGUGGCCGCACGUGGUUUGAGCCGUGAUGGAGAUUUGCAAAAAAAAAAUGUUGUUCAAAGUCGAAAGAAGCGUGAAGGUUUGGUGUUUGACAACAGGAAGUCACAGAGUGAGUCCGAUCAAGACAAAAAGGAAAGUCUUUCAGUGGUGUCGGGGAAACAAAACCGCAGAACUGCAAAUGAGAAUUAUGGGUUGAGGAGUGUGAAGCGAUGACGUAUUUGUUUGUCGUGUGCGUUUUGAAAGCCAUAUUGUCUUCUCUUUUUUUUUUUUGACGAGACAAGGGCUUGCGAUUGUCGUCUGCCCGCUCGGGCGUCAAAGAACCCUCACGAGACUUGUGUAAAAUCACCCCAGUGACUGCCUCGACACCUCUCAGGCGCCCAAAAACUCUUCAUUUCCAGUAGCUACAUUCGCAAAAUUGCCAUUUACUUCCUCCUGGAACUGGAUGGGGGAGAGGGGGAGGGGUCACAUGGACAUUUUUUUUAUUAUUAUUUGAAGGCCCCGCGAGCACGGCGGUGGUCUCAGUUUCUAAAAGCCUCCCCUGGUGUUUUUUUUUCCUCUGGUAAACGCGAGCGCGUUGUAACUUGUCGGAUGACCCACGGUUGAACUGUGCGAAGCCAAAGUGUGAUGGGUCGCCGCUCAUUCUCCCCCUCCUGCAGUUUCACCACAUCUACCAAUAUCCCAGCCAGCAAUGUGAAGUAUUGGAUUUGGACGGAGGGUUUAGGGACACGUCUUUAACUGUGUUUAACAAUAGCUUUUGGGCUCGGGGGGGUGGGGGGGUGGGCGGGGCAAGCUGAGGUCACACGGCGGAGUGAUGGAGACGGGAGGUGUGAGUUUAGAAAUGAAAGUGCACACGUGUGUGUGUGUGACACAAACUAACACACCAUGUUGUAAUGACACACACUGUCUUUAGUUUCUCAUGCCAUCUCUCCCCGAUGGUUCCUUCCCAUCCUUCAUUUGUAUCGCAGUGCGCUUCUUUUUCUUUUUUUGUCGUUCUUUUAGUUUGCAGAGAGAGAGAGAGAGAGAGCGCGCUCGGCUUUUUUUAAUGAACCGUUUUACGAGCAUAUGUUGCUCCCAGAUGAACUGAAUGUGCAUUGCAUCCUUUUUAUUAUCUCCUCAUCUGUUCCCAACUGUUUGCACCUUGCUUCACUUUGCUUUACUAACGCCUCUAUCCACCCUUUUAUUUUAUUUUAUUUUAUUUUAUUUUUAUUUUUUUUAAAAAAGAAAACUUUGCUUUGGCAUGCCAGAAUGAGCCAAGCUACUUUGUGACCUGUGAAAAUCCUAUAUAAACGGUUAUCUAAUGGAGUUGCUUUUAGAUGUAUUGCUAAUCAGUGUAAAUUCACAAAUAAAAACUGUAUUUUAAGAAA